GGAUUACUUAUCAUCAGGCACCACUUCCUGGUCUUUAUCUAAAAACGUAGAUGAUUCCAACCUGAACAGGUGUUUUGUUUUUAAUAGGGGUUUAAAAUGUCCCCCACUAAGAGCGGUGAGGUGGCUGUAGUUUUCUUCUGUCUUUUUCUCAUUGUUAACUGUAAGUUUCCCACUCUGGAUCACAUCCAACCAAAGGCUAGCGACGAGGAGCAGGCGCGAGCGGUGUCCGGGCUGCUGAGGCGGCUGCUGGGGAACAGAUCCACGGAGUUCAUAGUGUCAGUCAACAGGAGCCUCUCCAAUGACAGCCUGGAUGUUUGUGAGCUCAGAUCAGCUAAAAACAAUAAGAUUGUGGCGACAGGCAGCACCGGAGUGGCCCUGGCUUCUGGGAUCUAUAACUAUCUGAAAUAUUUUUGUAAUUGCCAUGUUUCCUGGUCGGGGAACCAGCUAGCAGUCCCAAGUCCUCUGCCGCAGCUGACAGGCGUGCUGCGCAUCAACACCCCUCACAGAUUCCGGUAUUACCAGAACGUCUGCACCGUCAGUUACUCCUUUGUGUGGUGGGACUGGCCAAGAUGGGAGAAGGAGAUCGACUGGAUGGCUCUGAAUGGAAUCAAUCUGCCUCUGGCUUUCACUGGCCAAGAAGCUCUGUGGCAAGAGGUGUACCGAGCUCUUGGAUUGAACGAGUCGGAGCUGGAAGAGUUCUUCUCUGGACCGGCGUUUCUUGCCUGGAACCGGAUGGCUAACAUGGACAAGUUUGGUGGGCCUCUGCCUCAGUCCUGGCAUGUGAACCAACUGUACCUCCAAUUUAAAAUCUUAGAGCGGAUGAGAGCUUUUGGAAUGAUACCUGUGCUGCCAGCCUUCUCAGGGAACAUUCCCAGAGGAAUUCUCAGGUUGUACCCGAAAGCCAAUGUUACCAGGUUGGGACCGUGGGCACAUUUCAACUGCAGCUUCUCAUGCUCCUACAUCCUGGAUCCAAGGGACCCGCUUUUUCUCCAGAUUGGCACCCUCUAUCUGUCUGAGGUGGUAAAGCAGUUUGGCACAGACCAUAUCUACAACACUGACACCUUCAAUGAGAUGACCCCACCUUCUUCUGACCCCACCUACCUAUCUGCAGUCAGCCGCUCUGUCUUUGCCUCAAUGACUGCCGUUGAUCCUAAUGCGAUCUGGUUGAUGCAAGGCUGGUUGUUCUUCAGCGAUCAGACGUUCUGGAAGCCGCCACAGAUCCAGGCUCUACUCCACGGAGUUCCCCUGGGAAGAAUGAUUGUGCUGGAUCUGUUUGCAGAGGCCGAUCCAGUUUUCACAUACACAAAGUCUUUCUAUGGACAGCCCUUCAUCUGGUGUAUGCUGAACAACUUUGGGGGCAACAAUGGAUUUUUUGGCACAAUUGAGAGCAUCAACUCAGGGCCUUUUAAAGCCCUACACUUCCCAAACUCCACUCUGGUAGGAAUAGGCAUGACACCUGAGGGUAUUGAGCAGAAUCCUGUUAUCUAUGAGUUAAUGAGUGAACUGGCAUGGCGCAAAGAGCCAGUCAACCUUGCAAAGUGGGUGUCCCUGUAUGCAGUACGGCGCUACGGUGGCAUGAAUGAUAACCUGACAGCUGCAUGGAAGCUCCUAUUCACCAGUGUGUAUAACUGCACCAUAGCGGGGUAUGUCAAUCACAAUCACAGCCCUCUCGUACGCAGGCCAUCUUUUCGGAUGAGAACAGACCUGUGGUAUGAUCCUGCUGACCUGUUUGAAGCCUGGAGACUCUUCAUGGAAGCGGCUCCUUCUUUUAUGACCAAAGAGACCUUCCAGUAUGAUCUAGUCGAUGUGACCCGGCAGGUCCUGCAAGUUCUGACAUCGUCUUUUUACCAGGAUAUCGCAGAUGCCUUCGCCAAUAAAAAAAUGCCAGAGCUGCUGACUGUGGGUGGCGUGCUGGUGUAUGACCUCCUGCCUGAACUCAACCGACUGUUGAGUAGCAACCAGAACUUCCUGUUAGGGACGUGGCUGGAGCGAGCCCAAUCCAAGGCCCUGAACGAGAGAGAGGCACAGCUUUACGACAUGAACGCCAGAAACCAAGUCACUCUGUGGGGUCCCAGCGGCGAGAUCCUGGACUAUGCUAACAAACAGUGGGGGGGUCUUAUCGAAGACUACUACGCUCAGCGGUGGGGGUUGUUUGUCCAAAUGCUGGUGGAGUGUCUGGACCGUGGACUUCCAUACAAGCAGGAUACCUUCAACCAGGCAGUUUUCCAGGUUGAACAGGGAUUCAUUUACAAUGGCAGGAAGUACCCAACCAAACCUCAGGGAGACACUUAUGAGAUCGCCCACAGAAUUUUUCUCAAGUACUACCCUCAAGCCAUGAAGAGACUACAACAAAUGGACAAAUGGAAGAAAACUCUCCCAUCUCCCCCAUCCCAUGACUGUCCCAGUGCAUCGGCAAAUAGAUACUGUCCAGAUAUAUACUGAAAUAAUCUGUUGGUAUGAUUUAUUGAAAUGAGCAGCUGAUUGGUGUGUGUGGUUUUAUUGGGAAUAACUGUUAAUUUACUGAUCACUUUUACAAAAAUACUUUUUUAAAAAGGAGCAUAUUAAGGCUGCAGUAUGUAAUGUUUAUUAAAAAAAAGGUUUUUUAGCAUAUUUUGUAAUCCUUCCCGCAGUCUUGGCACAACGCUCAGGAGGAGCGCGGCAAAUGUCACGGUCAGACAGCAAGAAGGGUGACCCGUCAGACCGUCAGUUCCCCAAAUCACACAAAAAAGACUUGUAAAAGUGGCUCAGUGCUGGUUGGGGCUAGUGGGAGAUGAUGACCCCAUCUCUUAUGAUGACUGUUUAAGCAGGAGGCUUAAACUAUUUUAUUUCUGAUCUCAGUGAGUGUCUCAAUUUGGUCACAUGAUUUUCGAACUGUUAAAUUUAGCAAUGGGCUAUGCAAAUUGUGUGCCAGAUUUGGAACUUUCUGACACAUGCAACCAUGUUUGCAGCUGCAUCUGUGACCAGCCAUGGCACUUUCUCUGACAUGGCCCACUCUACCAUUUAUUGUUUUGUUUCUUGGUUCAGAAUUUCAACAGUUUGCUGCUGAGGGACGUGUUCCACUCCCAACAUCUAUUUACACAAUGUAUGGUUGUCACUGUUGACAUAGUGACAGGUCACAGCCAGGUAAGCCUCCAUGUUGAUGGAUGUCCUCAUGUCAGCUGUUAGGCUAACUGCAACUGCACUCUGCAGUUCUUUUUUCACCUCCUCCUUUUUCUCCUCAUACCUCUGGCUAUUCAUGGGCUAGGGCACUGGUCCCAAAGAUUUUCUUCUGGCCCCCC